GCGAAACCUUGCAGGGGGUGGGGGGUGACGUGACGAGGCGCCGAUCGACACAGUCAGCGGCACGAUCAGUCAGUCGUGGUUUGACGGCCUCACGAUCCAGUCAACCGGCAGAGAUUCCCCGCGCAGAAUGCGUGCUACAUGCCUCGACCAUCUCACAUGUUGCAGGUAACAGCAUGGAUACGGGAGUAUUCACUUUCAUGGACGGCUACGUCAAUUUCAUGGAGACACGCAGUGAUCCCCGCACGAAGGACUGGGCGCUCAUGAGCAGCCCAAUGCCCCUUCUUACCAUCCUCACGACGUACCUCUACUUCUCGGCCUCCGCGGGCCCGCGCUGGAUGAAGGACCGCAAGCCAUUCGACCUCAAGUACGUCCUCAUCGCCUACAACGCCCUGCAAGUGGUCUUCAGCGUCUGGCUGGUCCAUGAGGGGUUGCAGAGUGGAUGGCUGAGCAACUACAGCUACAGGUGUCAACCCGUUGACUACUCGACCAACCCUCUGGCUAUCCGGAUGGCGAAUGCAUGUUGGUGGUAUCUGUUCUGUAAAUUGAUCGAACUUCUAGAUACGGUGUUCUUUGUGCUGAGGAAGAAGAACUCGCAGAUCUCACCCCUGCAUCUGUGGCAUCACACGCUUAUGCCUAUCUGUGCCUGGAUUGGCGUCAAGUUCCUACCGGGGGGCCACGGAACCCUUCUCGGGGUCAUAAACUCCUUUGUUCACAUCAUCAUGUACUCCUAUUACCUUCUGGCAGCCCUUGGACCGGAAGUACAGAAACACCUCUGGUGGAAGAAGUAUUUAACAUCUCUGCAGAUAAUCCAGUUCGCGAUCGUGUUACUGCAUUCGUGCCAGCCCUUCAUAUACGAGUGCAACUAUCCCAAGUUCAUCGUGUUUCUGCUAAUGAUCAACUCGAUCAACUUCCUCUACCUCUUCGGGACUUUCUACAAGAGAACCUACAACACCAAGAAGCAAGCGUAGUCCAGGACAAUGGGCAUAACCUCUCUAUCGGUGCAACUGUCCCUGAUUUCAACGAGCGCAACAGAGCGUAGUGCAAGAUGAUCGCGGAUGCGAUGUCUGAGCAGUGUAGAUCAUAAUUAG